AUGGCGCAAGAAAUGGAGACAUUCGCAGCCCGGUUGGCUAGCUUCGACCUAGUAUUGAAUCCAGGGAAGCGAAGGUCAUCGAGCACCAAAUCUGCGAAAAAAAUCGCCUGGCCUCAUCGCAAACCUUCACCCGCUGAGCUCGCUCACGCCGGUUUCUUCUACAAUCCCUACGAAACGAACCCGGAUAAUACAACAUGCUUUAUGUGCCAAAGAGCCCUGGAUGGAUGGGAAGAGGAGGACAACCCGAUAACGGAACAUCUAAAGCAUGCAAAGGACUGUGGCUGGGCCGUCAUGAUGGACAUCCAACAGCACAGCUCGAACCCUGCUGAAAUCGAUGAUCCAACAAGCGAUAGGGUCCGAGAAGCGCGUCUGGCGACGUUCGGUACUAAUUGGCCCCACGAUGGGAAGCGAGGUUGGGUGUGCGAUUCAGAGAAGAUGGUCGAUGGUGGAUGGUAUUUCUGUCCCACUGAAGAGAGCAAUGAUCUCGCAAGCUGCGCGUACUGCAAAUUAUCCCUCGAUGGAUGGGAACCUCAAGAUGAUCCUUUUGAUGAACAUUAUCGACGCUCACCAGACUGCUCCUUCUUCGUUUUCGCUCAAGCCCCCGGGAAGAAAGGAAAAGCGAAAGGCUCCCGAUCAAAAAGAGGUCGUCCUUCGAAGGCGUCGUCGCGUGUGUCCACCCAAUCGACUGCCUCCGAGGCCCAGAUUUCCGAUAUGGAAGAUGUGAUGGACCAGGACAUCGCGUCCCAGGCGUCCACUAAAACGAAAGGAAAGAAAAAGUCCUCGAAGUCCAAAUCAAAAACGUCGAAGUCGAAGAAGGAAGAUUUGGUGGAAACAGGGAGUCAAAUGGAUGUUGACGAACCUGAGCUGGUCCCACAAGAACCACCCAAGCCGAGACGCGGCCGUGGAAAGAAGAGGACUAGUGACGAUAUGGAGCAGGAAGAGCGAAAUAUUCGUGAUGCUUCCGAGCAGCCGGAACGACCAUCAAAGAAGAGGGUUAACAAAACGCGUAACAGCUCUCAGCAGCGUGGACAAGGCUACGAGAGCGUAGCAGAAUCGCAACAGGAUGAGAGCAUUCUGCAGCAAGAGGCCCAGAAAAGCCGCGCACCACCUAAGAAGAGAGGCCGUAAACCUUCCAGUGCUUCUACCUCGAGAGCAGCUUCGGUCUCUCACGUGCCACGGGACUCGGAGAUUGAUGCAGCCUUGGAGGCCGAACUGAACGUGGAUGAGAUGGAGCCUGUCGAAGUCAAAACAAAGUCAGAGCCGAAAAAGAAAUCGACGUCGACAAAAUCUAAAUCUAAGAAGAAACAGAAGGCCACACCAGAGCCAGAACCAAUGGAUGCCAUGGAUGACCCUCUUGAAGAGAUGGCAGAUGAUAUGAACGCCGGGCCUGCAGAUGAUGAAGUGGACGUUGUGGAGGAGCCAAUGCCGAGAAAGCCCUCGAAAUCGUCCAAGCGUGGGAAGACAAGGAGCUCCAAUAAUUCCGAUGAUGGCCACAAAUCGCUGGACUCCACGAAACAGUCAGACGUCGACCAAGUCGAGGAUGAUGGCGAGAAAUCGGAACGUAUGUCCGUCGAAGUCGAGACGCAGGAAUCCAAGGCAGAAACUGAGCAGGAACUUGCGGAGAAUACGAUUAAAAAGAGCUCCAAGAAGAAAGCAUCCGCGGAGAAAGUCAAGAAGUCCAAGAAAGCAGCAAAGACCGCUCCGGAGCCCAGCGCUGUGGAGGAGCAGCCUGAAGAGCACGCAGAGCAAGAAAUUGUCGUGGAGGAUGAUGUUAUGAGGGGGCAAGAUGAGCCAGAGGAUGAUCAAGAUGACAAACGAGAGUCCCAUCGUCGCCGGUCUUCUAAAGUGCCUCCAAAGACGGCAAAAAGGCUCAGCGACAUACCCCCGGAGAAACUAUAUGCACGGUCUCUUGCAAGCUCCCGCAACUCGGACGUCCACGGUGUGAUGGAUGAGGCAAAUGAAACACGGGAGCAAGAUCAUGAAGCUGUGUCACCCCUGCCUUCGGCAUCCAAGAGUACGCCAUCGUUGUCUCCCCAAUCGUCCGAUGCGGAGAACCAGCCUCCUUCCAUGAAGCCUGCUCCACGUCCCCAUGUGGCCUCGCCUUCCAAGCGGCAACCAGUCCGAAUUCCGCUGGCGCCUAGUACACCCUCUCCGUCGAAGCGCAAUGCAAACGGAGGGAUCAGUACCUCCCAUCCUUGGAAACCUAUCGACAUCGACGAGUUGAUUCUGGCCAACUCCAGCGACCCUGAGAAUCUUGAUUUCAGCUCAGCGCUGAACAGCAUCAAGGGAGAUCUGAGCAGUCCCGAAAAGAAGAUGAGUGUCGAGGAAUGGAUAGCAUGGAACGCCAAGAACGGUGAAGAACGACUCAAACGCGAAUGCGAAAGGUUGGUUGGCCAAUUUGAGCGAGAAGGAGCCCGCGCCAUGCGCGUGCUUGAGGGAAUCGAAUGCAUUGACUGA